AAGUGUUCGCCGCCUCUGUCCUCAAACAUCCAUAAUUCAGGUCGAUUUCUUCACGUUGUCCGCCUCCCUCCUCUGGGCUUCGUGUUAGGGUUUUCAUCCUUCGCUUUUUGGUUCUCCAAGUAUUGCUCACUCUUCCUACUCAAGUGAAAUUUUUGGACGAAUUCCUCUAUGCAAUCGAUUGCUUCAUCAUACUUACCUGUUGAAUUUGUAAUUUCAGCGAUUGAUUGAAUUUUUAAGCGCUGCCCAGCCCUCUGAGGCUCUGAGUCACCGUUACCGGCACGGCGGCACCACUCACCAGCCGCAUCCACUGUCUGCGGCUCACCUCACCGGUCAUCGGCAACUUUCCGGUACUCCGUCUCCAGUCGCCCAGUUCUUUAAUUGCUCACCAGUCACCUCAAUUCCUCAAGUAACGCGAGGUCGCGAGAGCCCAGCCAGUGAGCCAGAGAAGCCUCCCCGGCCGGCGGAGCCCACCUCAACGCGUUCUCAUCAGGAACUCCGGCAGCCGCCCACCUCACCAUUCACCAUUCACCAUUCGAUCCUGUCCAUUCUUCAAGGACGCAAGUACGUAACUCACGCUCACGCAAGUUUCCGGGGUGUGGAAGUUGCUAAAAAUUUUGCAGCUCUGCGCAUAAGCUGAAUCCUUUGAUAUCAUAAUGUCAGAGUCAAAUGAGCAGGAGAAGAAGGUUGAUAAAGUGUGCAGCUUUGUUAAAAAACCAUUGAGGAACAAGGUCAUAAGAAAACGUCCUGUUGAUGCCGUUUCAGAUGGGGAUGAAGAUAAUAAGGGGGAGAGUUCCGUGGUACAGCGUGCUAAAAGGCCUACCAUGGCAGACAAUGGACUUCACUUUUCUACCGGGACAUCCAAACGGUCGGUGUCUGAGGAAUCAACCAAGGAUUCAAAGAAUGUGCUGUUUCAGUAUGAGUCUUCUAAAGAGAUUCAGGUGCAGAACGAUAGCAAAGCGACAGCUACCCUUGAGACUGAGACAGACUUUUCUAGAGAUUCCAGGGCUAUUCGAGAGCGAGCUCUCAAGAAAGCAGAGGAGGCCUUGAAGGGAAUGAAUAAGAAAUCUGGCGAUGAUAAGCUAUAUAAGGGUAUGAACAGUUACACUGAUCACAGAGCAGGUUUUCGCCGUGAGCAAACUCUUGCUGCCGAGAAAGCUGGUGGGUCUCACGGACCGCUCAGAGCCUCAGCUCAUAUUAGAGUGUCUGCUAGAUUUGACUAUCAACCAGAUAUUUGUAAAGAUUACAAAGAAACAGGCUACUGUGGUUAUGGUGACUCAUGUAAGUUUAUGCAUGAUCGAGGGGAUUAUAAGUCCGGAUGGCAGAUGGAAAAAGAAUGGGAUGAAACAGAAAAGGCAAGGAAGAGAAAUUUGGCUCUCGGAGGCCAUGACAGUGAUGAGGAGGAUGUUGAGCAUGAUGACGAAAAUGACGAUGAUGCCUUGCCGUUUGCCUGCUUUAUUUGCAGGGAACCUUUUGUCGACCCAGUAAUGACUAAGUGCAAGCAUUACUUCUGUGAGCAUUGUGCUUUAAAGCAUCAUUCCAAGAACAAAAAGUGCUUCGUGUGCAACAAGCCUACUCAAGGAAUCUUUAAUACUGCUCAUGAGAUACGUAAAAGGACAGCAGCAGACAAAAAAUGAAGAGUCAGUCUCUCACUCUGAUCCUGUACUAUACUCUAUAUUUGUCAUUGUGCUGCUCUAGAGGUUUUAGAAAUGUAAAUGAAUCUUGGUAAGUGCUCAGCUUAAGCAUCCAUAAACUGAAAAAUGGAGUAGUUUGAUUGUGUUAAGAGACAUAUUCGCUCUUCAGCUGCUCCUCAACUAUCAACUUUCAGUUUAAAUGCAUCACCAAUCACCAUGAACCAUGGCUCUCAAUUUUUUUGAUGAGUGAGGGGAUCUGCAUCCUGUGUUUUAUCACAUGCUCAGUUUCUGGAAGCUGAUUUGAUCAACACUCAAUUGGAAAUAAUAAUCCAGUUGUUUAACUUUCCAUGUUGGCAUGUGCAAUUGUGCAAGGCGACAUAAGGAGAUUUUCUCUCUUUUUGCUGAAAAUAGAGAUGUUUUCUGUGUAGUUUUUACUCAGUUCUGUAGCCUUUGCUUUCUUUUCAAAGGAAGAUGUAUUGAUUCAUAAGACUAGUUUCUUGUAGACGACGAGCUUACAUGUUUUUACUUUUCUCUAUUGCACUUCAUCACUUUUGAGCUUCUGAAUGGUAGAAAUAUUUGUAUC